CCAGACUGUUGCUGUCAGGAGGAGGAGACGCAGCACAAUCACCACAGGGGCCACAUGGGUGAGGGCCAACAUACGAAAGGGAUUGAACCAAAGCAGUGAGGAUAACCAGGCACCGAUCCAUGAACUUGUUCUGAACUGCAGCAGACGGGAGGAAUAAAGGAAUUCAACACAGAGGAAAUGCAGACCCAGGAGGGAAUGACCAGGAGUUUAGUGACUUAGUGAAUAGACCCUGGGGAGUGGUCCACCAGAGUUAUGCUCCACUUUCCUCUGUUAUUAAUAAUGCCAUUAUCCAGUCAAUUAUGUCCAGCAUCACCACUCAAAAAUAUCGUACAUUAAUCAGAGUUAAUUGCUGAACAGGAAAGCACUUCAGAACUACAUUUGCUUAAGCAUAAAUUUCCUAUCCCCAGAUCAGCCUUUCACAGACUGACACAGACACGAACCGCCAUCCCGCAUGGUCGUUACUGCCAAGUGAAAGGACGGCCACUUGCUGCCCGAGUCCGCGUGGAACUAGGAGGGAUCUAUAGGCAACACCUCGCUCGCACAGCGACGGAGGCAGGAAGAGGGAGGGCUGCUGACUCAGGGAUCCCUCUCCUGCGUCCUCUGUCUCCUCAGCGGACUGAAGCGGCUGCAGACACGUGAACGAGGCACAGCUAUGUUGGGUGUCUUCCUCCUUCUGUCCCUGACCUCCCUGGUGGCCCUGGUUCCUCCUCCUCCUCCUCCUUUACCGUGCAGACGCUGCUGUGACCACCUGGAUCCUGCAGAGGGCAGCGGAGCCCAACCUCCCAACGGAGGGUUCAGCUAUGUGCCGGAGGUCCACACCUAUAUCAACAUGACCAUCCUCAAAGGUGACAAAGGAGAACGUGGCGACAGAGGAACGCCUGGUAAAGCGGGACACGAAGGCCCUCCAGGCUCCAGAGGCCCCAUGGGCUCAAAAGGCAGUAAGGGUGAGGCUGGUCUUCCAGGAGACCCCUGUAAAGUCCAGCACUCCGCCUUCUCGGUCGGCCGUCGAAAAUCCCUCCACAGCCUUGAGGCCUACCAGACUCUUCUGUUUGACACAGUGUUUGUCAACCUGGAGGGACACUUCGACAUGUUCAAGGGGAAGUUCAUCUGCCACAACCCGGGAACCUACUUCUUCAAUGUCAACAUUCACACGUGGAACUUCAAAGAGACGUAUCUACACAUCAUGAAGAACAACACAGAGCAGGCCAUUGUGUACGCCCAGCCCAGCGACCGCUCUAUCAUGCAGAGUCAGAGUGUGAUGCUGCAGCUGGAGCCGAGCGAAGAGGUGUGGAUCCGCCUGUACAAGAGGGAGAGGGAGAAUGCAAUUUACAGUGAUGAUGUAGAUGUCUACAUCACUUUCAAUGGAUACCUCAUCAAUGCAUAGAGAGAAAAUAAGAGAGGGAAGGCAAAGCUGAGGUCAAGACCAAACAUUUUGAACUGAUAUGUUAGUAGAAUGCAAUUUACUGUAAAAUUCUUCCCCUCUUCCUUUUAUAUUCAGAUCAAAAACUUUACACUGCAUGCACACAACUACAACAGAGAAAUGAUCUGCAUGGUUUCUUGUUUUCUUGCUUGAAAACAAUUGAAAGUCUAGUCUCUCAAUGAAAAAGGGAAUAAUAUUUGGCAAAAUGUCAAACAAAUGUUUCCAUGUCAAUCACAUGAUGUGGAUUAAAGAUAAAAGUAAGAUAUUUGGAGAGGUUAAGCCCACAGUGUAGUACUAGUGAAGUAGUUUCUGAUUUUAAAAGAAAGGAGGAAGUCUGCUUAAAAGACUUUUAGUUACACAAAGUGAAAGAGGUCUAAUAUGAAUU